AUGAUUCUGUGUUCUUGGUUCCAGACAAUAGUGUCUUCCAGCAGCGACUAUUCUUCUAGCUCUUCUGAGGAGGAUUCCAGGAUCCCUGUGGCUAAAACGCGUGCUAAGACGAAUCAUGCUGAGGAAUCAAAGCCUAGUGUACCUCUUAAUAACCGUAGAGUCACUUAUGCUGAGCUCAUGAAGCGAAAAGCCGAGGAUGACAGGAUGGAUGAUUGUCGGCGAAGAAGAGACCGAGUCCAGCGCAGAAUGCUAACAUCUGAGGAUAAACUUCGAUCUCGAGCUGACGGUGUAACCUCGGACUCUGAUGCUUCGGAAGAUGAAUCCGCGUGGGUACCACGGGAUCUCAAGAUUAAGCCAGACUGGAGUACCAGGGAGAUCGAGAAACUGGUCAAAGCUGACCUUGAAGCUGAGCGUGAAAAAGAAGAGGACUGGUAUUCCUUAUACAAUGAUCCUGAGAUUCAUCUUGACUUCGUCAAUGGCCCUGAUAGUGAUUCCGAUGAAGAAUUUGAAGAGGACUCCGCAAAAGACGAUGAUGAUAAAUCUGAUAAUUCUGGCAAAUCUGAUGACUCCGAUGAAUCUGACGAGUAG